GCAGGAGAAAAACAAAUCAAAUUUUACAAGUUUCAAUCAUCCAAGAAAGAUAUAAAUGUCUGACGUGUGCCUCGAAACGAAUCCGCGGUUUUUCAUAAAGCGAUGGAAUAACGAUAAGAAGACGAUUUUUAUUAAUACUAAUUGGUAAUUGCCCCGUUAGAAUUUUUCACGAAUGAUCCAUUCGCUGAAAUACUCCGCGACUGCCCUGUUCGUUGGUGAUAACGGUUCGAAAAUCCUUAAAAAAAUUCGACCGUUUUCUGUCAUUGCAGUGACGUUUGAACUUUAAGGAUUUUCCCCUGGAUUAUUUAACGACUCUAAACCAGUGUGCGUUUUUGUUGAGGAGAAAUUUCAGGUACUCGAAGAUGUUGUGCGCCAACUUGCACGUUCUACCGCUGAGUCUUUUCAUCUUAAUACCAGUUACAUUUAUGAUAACGUACACGAUAUCGGUGCAAUGGGACCACGUAGUGGCUGGAUUUCCUUACAUUUCUGAGACCGGAACUUUAUCGCCCGAAUCGUGCAUAUUCACGCAAUGUCUGAAUAUCGCAGCUCUGUUGCUUGGAUUUUGCGUCUACAUAAGGCAUCGACAGGUCGAACAAUGGCGAAAAGAACGAGGCCUCGAUCUCGUUGAUCGUCGAAUUGUUACUGUAACAGCGUGGUGUGGUUCGCUCGCCUGUUUCGGCCUCGAUAUUCUCGCCAAUUUUCAAGAAGCUCGGGUCGUCGCUGCUCACAUGAUUGGGGCCAUGACUUGUUUCACCGCUGGAACACUUUACUUUUGUCUUCAGACUUAUCUCAGCUACAAAAUGCAGUCCGCAGUGAACGGAUGGUUCGUCGUGGCUGUCAGAGCGGUUUUAUCAGGCCUCACUUUCGUUCUUACGACGAUGACUAUUAUUCCUGGCUACAUAUCGAUGUCGGAGUUUCGAGGAAACGACUACAAGAAAUGGCUACCGAGCGACGGUGGAUGGGGUUGGCAUCUCGUCAGCGCAGUUUCCGAAUGGAUUCUUGCGAUAGUUUACUGUAUAUUUCUACUGACAUUCGUCCCGGAGUUUCGUCUGAUAAAUUUUGAGCCUCCAGUAGUUACGUUGUCGUAUUUGGAUAAAAAUCACGAUGGAAAAUCAGCAGGAAAGAGAGAAACGGUUCAACAGGAAGUUUGAUCACGAAUUACGUUGAAGUUGGUAAAAUGUUCAAGCGGAAUAAUUGGAUUAUAUCGACCGAUCGAACGAAUUCUUCAAUCCGAUUCUAGUAAUAAUUUCUUCUUGGCCGGAUAACGCCUGCUGAAGUACAUUUGUUAAUUAUUUUAACUAAUUUUACUGUAUCAUUUUUUUCGACGAAGGUAGACAUUUUUGUUCAUGUGUUCAAAGUAUUGAGGUCUUGCGGUCGCUCGAAAAGUACAGAGAAAACCGUGCAUCUACGUUUUCAUUGUUUCUCUUGCAAAAAUAGAAUCUGACGCGGAUGAUAUAAAAGCCUCGAUUCAAUAAACACCUCUAAUUUAUUGAAUUAUUUUCUGUUUGAUUGGAUGAAAUUCCAUUGCGAAAUGACUUUUCGGAAAAAGCGAGAACUCAAUCUCAUUUAUACGUCAUAUGUCAUUAAUCGAUCACAUUUUCAAAUACUGUUAAUCGAUACGACAGAAUUUCUUUCGAAUACUACAACAGUCGGUACAGACUGUGUGUGUCACAAAAAUUCCGCCAGAUUGCGCAAUCCUCGACAAACGGGAAUCGGCACAUUUUCAUGUUUAUAGAAAAAUACGCAUGAAAAUACACACAUUUGAGGCAAAGUAAACCUUUGAAUAGCUUUCUAAAAAAAUAGCCCGAUUCGUGAUACAAGAAAAGUGAAAAUAAACGGCUCAGAUAUAGCUCGAGGCUGUGUUCGACGUCAUCUUUUCGCUAGUCGUGUACAGGAAUCGGGUCUCGAUCGAUCAACCAAAAGUGCAUAAAAAUUCGUGGAAAAUCUUAACAAUUUUAGUUACUGGGCAAGAAGAGAAUACAAAAGAUAAAAGUUUCGCACCGUUUCGUAAUAAAAUUUAAAACUAAAUCGAGGUCGAGGAUGACCGACAUAAAACAUGAAUUGUAAAGAAGAUUGCAAUAAUUAUUGGCCACGGUUCGUUUUCGCGCAUUCCUAUGUACGAAAUGAUAGAAAUAAUAAAUGAAUUUUCAAGCAGGAA